AUGGCAGAUAAAUCAAGCGAUGCGGUUGCGGCUUCGGCGAAAGGCGCCACUUUUCUCAUCCUGUUGCAGAUCGGAUCCCGAGCGCUCACGUUCGCGUUGAAUCAGGUCCUGUUACGCUUCUUGUCGCCCGAACUAUUGGGCGCUGCACUUCAAUUGGAAGUCUUCAUCAUCACGGCCCAUCAUUUCGCCCGAGAAAGUCUGCGUGUGGCUUGUCAACGGCAGAGUCAUGGAGGUGUCCAGUCUGCCAUCAAUUUGUCUUACCUGGGCAUUGGAAGUGGGCUGAUAUUCGCGCUGGGCCUGGGAGAAUGGUUUUUAUAUGCUGGCCAUCCGAAUAUCCCAUACUUUUCUCAGGCGAUUCGGAUCUGCGAGGUGGCGGCUAUAAUCGAGCUCCUCUCUGAACCUGCGUUUGUCGUCGUGCAACAGAGGAUGCUUUACAAAGUUCGCGCUUCGGCGGAGGCCUCGGCGGUGGUGCUCAAGACCAUCGCGACAGCCGCGACGGUCUUCUGGGCACAUCACCAGGGCAUUGAGCUUGGUGUUCUCCCUUUUGCGAUUGGAGAGUUCGCAUACUGUGCGACGCUGACGGUCGUCUAUCUUUGGCGAACAUCUGCCGUUGCCCAGCUCGAGAAAUUCUCCCUGAUCCUGCGCCAGAUCAAGCCCAGCUCUCCCAAUGAAUAUUACUUCGCUACGCUCUCCAAGCCAUUGGUAAAUCUCAGCCUGUCGUUAUAUGUCCAAUCAGGCAUCAAAUACCUCCUCACCCAAGGCGACACUUUCGUGAGUGCUAGAUUUGCAACGCUUGAGGACCAGGGCAUGUAUGCGCUGUCUGCCAAUUAUGGUGGUCUGAUAGCGCGCAUGCUUCUCCGACCCAUCGAAGACAGUUCCCGUAAUCUGUUUGCCUCUCUGUGUCACAAUUCUCAGGAGGCAAAGAAAGAGAAAACCGACGACAAGAAGACCAACGACGAUGCUGCCCUGCCACAGCUCAAACAAGCCUCUUCAAUACUACAGUCUGUACUACGUUUCUACUGCAUCGUCUCUCUCCUCGCUGUGGCCAUCGGCCCAACCGCCGCACCGCUUCUCCUACGGCUGGUCGCCGGAUCUCGCUGGUCCGACUCGGGUGCAGGCGAAGUCCUCGCAACAUACUGCUACAGCAUACCGUUACUCGCAAUCAACGGUGUCAGCGAAGCAUUUGUCGCCGCCGCAGCUUCUGCACCCGAACUACGCAGGCAAAGUCUCUGGAUGGCGGCCUUUUCCAUCGGCUUCGCCGCGAGCACAUGGGUUUUCCUAUCGGUCUUACAGAUGGGAGCCAAGGGCUUGGUGCUUGCGAAUUGCGUCAAUAUGGGAUUGCGGAUUAUCUUCAAUCUGGAGUUUGCAGCACGAUACUUCAAGAAUGAGCGCGUGGGGUUUGCUGUGACGGAUCUUCUGCCAGGUGCGUUGGCGGUCGCAUUCACGGCUGUGGUGGGGAGUGCCGUGAGGGCUACGGAAGGAGCAUUGAGCAGAUAUGGCCUGCUCGGGGAGAUCCUUCGAGUGGGUACACUUGCGGGGCUUCUCGUUCUGCUUGUGGCUUUCGCUGAACGCAAAUUCCUACUGGGAGUGUAUCGGCAGGUCCGAUCAAGGUAG